GACCUGUGGAACCUGAAGUACUUGCACCGCUUUAAAUGGAGCCAUCUGAGUGAGCGCCUGGCCUAUGAGAGGCACAUUCGGCAGCAGCGGGUCCGGGCAGAGAUCUCCCAGGCCAAGCGGGAAACGGACUUUUACCUGCAGAGUGUGGAGAAGAGCAAACGGUUCCAGAAGAAGGCAGGAGCCGCUUUGGCCCCAGAGAAGACCUGGGGCUUCACCCAGCGCCCCACGGAGCAGGAGAUCCGAAACCACAAAGACGGGGCCAGCCAGCAGGCAGCUCCGAUGCACAGGCUUGCCAAGCAGGCCCAGCCAAACGCGCCGCUGCUGGCUAAGAUCUUCGGGCCAGGGGCCUGAGCCUGGGGGGGGGGGUCCCCAUUCCAGAUUCCUGCUUGAACCUUGACAGAGUAAUAAAGUGAGGUGAUGGGGCCUUGCCAUUUUCA